CAGAUUCUGAUUUGUCACUGUAAACGUAAAACCUGGAGGAAAGAAUCUGAUUUUUUUCCCGAUUUCAAGAGCAGUAGAAUCUCUACGAAAAUUCGCCGGCGGUGAGUUGCGACGGCGCCGGCGAAUAUUCCAAUUUUUUUGCUGAAGAUUCGUUGGAAGGGAUUUUCCUCACAGCUCAUUGAUUUGAUUUGAUAUUGUUUACGAUUUACUUAGGGUUUUGGGUUUUCAUUUUUGGCUCAUAAUACCAGAAAACAGAGAAGAGAAGAUUAGAGAUUUGAAUGCUAAAUUCAACUGAUUUCGAGUGGAUUUUGGAUGAAUUAGAGCUUUCGUGACCAUUCGAGGUACCAAGGAAAAGAAAGUAAAAAUAAAAAAAUAAAGUAGAAGAAUAAAUAAAGGGAAAUGCUGACGUGUAUAACUUGUAAGCAAAAAAUAGAUGAUGAUGGAGGAGAAGAAGGUCCACGUGGGACCCCCAAUACUAAAGAAUCAGUCAAAAGCUUGACUGCCCAGAUCAAAGAUAUUGCAUUAAAGGUCUCUGGUAAAAGCAGCAAGUCUAGUACACCAACUAGCAGUUACAGGAGAGGAGGUAGCAGACCAUAUCCUGAUUUUGAAACAAUUUCAGAGGAAGUUCCAUAUCAACCAGGAAGUUCAAGUUCUACUCCAGCUUGGGAUUUCACCCGUAAUCAUCGAACUCCUCGAGCAGAUCCAAGAUUUGUCGGAGGAUAUAGUGGUGGUGGUGAUGAUGAAAAGAGAGAAUCCGUCUACUCCCAGACAGGUGAUAUGGUGUUGCCAGAUGAGGAGGGGCCAAAAGAGUGGAUAGCUCAGGUGGAACCUGGUGUUCAGAUUACUUUUGUCUCUCUUCCAACUGGUGGAAAUGAUCUAAAACGGAUACGCUUUAGUCGGGAUAUGUUCGAUAAAUGGCAAGCUCAAAGAUGGUGGGGUGAGAAUUUUGACAGAAUUAUGGAGCUCUACAAUGUCCAGAAAUUUAAUCAGCAAGCUAUGGACACUCCUGGGCGGUCUGAGAUUGGAAGAGAUUCUAAUUAUUCAAGGCUUGGAUCACCUAGGGAAAGCAAAGAAUGGACUCAGAGAAAUUAUAGACCAUCCAGCAGCAGCCAAUAUAACUAUGGAAGGCCCAGUUCUUAUGCCCCCGGCUUUCCAAAGGGUGAGAUGUCAUCUAUGGAUCCUUCAAGGAUGACAACUGACUCAAGAGACGACGCUUCAGUAUCCAUGAGUGUUGCUGGUGAUGGAGAGUCAGAAUGGAUAGCAGAAGAUGAGCCAGGAGUAUAUAUAACCAUCAGACAAUUAGCUGAUGGCACUAGAGAGCUACGGCGUGUAAGAUUCAGCCGCGAAAAAUUUGGGGAGGUGAAUGCGAAGCAGUGGUGGGAACAGAACAGGGAUAGAAUACAAGAUCAAUACCUUUAAAGCAUGUUUGUUUUCUCCAUACUAAGUUGCUGGCAAUAUCCUAAGAAUAUGAUCAAGGUAUUCCCUGGGAAAUGCAACAUUUGAGAUCUAAUGUAGAUUCAACUUUCGAUUCACUCGUGUGAUCAAGGCGGUCCAGGUUGGAUCACCACAGCUCCUCUCUUCUCGAGAAUCCAUACAUCAUCAGAGUAUUAACUUAAAACUCACCUUGCACGAUAUCGUCGGGCGAUUCAAGCACCAUUCUUGGCAGUAAAAGAGAUUACACCAGACUCAUAUUGAAGUAUAUAGUUUUUUUUUCCAGUUGGGAUUGCUUCAUGCUACAGAAGAAAGCUCCUAGUCACUUUUUUUUCAUGGCAUUUUUUUGAUCUCUAAUUAUACCUGAUUUUUUUUUUGUUUUUGGCAAAUUCUUUUUUUGGGCUUUAAUUUGCCUUCAGUUUUUUGGUUGAAUGGCUUGGCGGAUCUCCUAGUUUUUACUUAGAUGUUUCUUUUUAUUGUUUUCUUUGUAACACAAACUUUCUAUUAAAGGAAAUGGAAUCAAAAGUUCAUCAUGCUUUAAGAACUUA